GUUGCCCCCUCCCGGUUGUUCCGUCUCCUCCGCAGACGCGCAGACUCUGAUGUCCGGACACUUGCUGAGGUUCUCUACAUGAUCAGGAACCAGAGGAGAAGUGAGGAGACGGAGGAUCACUGGGACGCACAUGGCUGGAUGACAUGAUGAAACUACCCUCUUCCCCUACCCCCUUCCCUUCUGUCUUUCCUGUUUUCCUUCUAUCCCUUCUUUUCCUUCUUUCAUCCCUUAUUUCUUCUGGCCUUUCCCACAUCCCCUUGAGCUGGACUUCCCCCCAUGACCCCUGCUACCACCUGGACGGUCGCCCUCGCCACUGCCUGUCGGAGUUCAUCAAUGCCGCCUAUGGAAUCCCGGUCAAUGUCAGCCACUCACUACAAGGGUCCGAUUACGAUGCCAAUGUCACCACCUUGACAGACCUCCACAACCCCCACAAUCUGACCUGCUGGAUGGCACACGGAGAUCCUGAAAGUGGCGAAUGGGCCCUUACGCUUCCUCUUGGCCGACGCUUUGAGGUUACCUACAUAAGUUUGCAGUUUUGCCAGCAGGGUGAGCCUUCAGAUCCAAUCUCCAUCUCCAUCUUAAAAUCAAUGGACUAUGGGCGAUCAUGGAGGCCGAUGCAGCAUUACUCGAGUGACUGCCUCAGGCACUUUGGGUUACCCUCCCAGACGGUGGCCCAGAGUCGGCACCAAGAGACGGAGCCCCUCUGCUCAGAUCCUCGACCGCUACAAAAGCAAAGAGGUGGCAUGGUUCUAGCCUUCUCCACCCUUGACGGACGCCCAUCUUCACCUGAUUUUGACCACAGCCAUACUCUCCAAGACUGGGUGACUGCCACAGACAUCCGCAUAGUCUUCCACCAAGUGUCCAAAGAUGCCAAGGUGGGAAACUUAGACAAAAAGGAGGAAGUACGAUGGCGUGACAGUGUCAAUGAUGACCAAGGGACAGGGCUUCUAAGGUGGAGAGCAGGCUACAAGGGAGCUGACAAGUCAAACACAGAAAAUACACUAGCAUUUUUUGACAGGGAGAUGAAAAACUUGGAGAUAAGGGAGAGAAACAAAGAGGAGAAACAUGGAAGAAAGGGUCAUUCGAAAGGCUCAAGUCAAGGCGAAGAUGGACACAAUGUGACCAGCAAAGAAGGAGGGGAUAGUUUAAGCACUGACAUCUUCGCCACUCCAAAGAAAGGCAGGAAAGGCCGAGGGCGGGGCCGCAAGAAAGAAAACAAUCAUUGGCAGCCUUGUCCCAGUGGAGGGUGUAAUUGGUCCGUUGAGGGUCGGGGCAGGACUAACACAGGACGGGAACUAAGAAAAAGAAGGAACAAUAAUCUUAAUACCAAACAAAGCUCAAGGGAUUUACAGACGGCCCCUCGCUUUGCUUUUUUGACUGCUGUCCGAGCUCCUCUGGCUCUCUCUGACCUGCAGGUCGGGGGUAGGUGCAAAUGUAAUGGACAUGCUUCCAGGUGUCGACGUGACGACACAGGCCGGGCAGUGUGCAUGUGCGAGCACCACACGGCGGGACCAGACUGUGAUGUGUGCGAGGAUUUUUAUUGUGACAGACCAUGGCAUCGAGCUACACCCACGCACCCAAACCCAUGUGUCGCCUGUGAGUGUAACGGCCAUUCGAACAAGUGUCGCUUCAGCAUGGAGGUGUUUCAGCAGUCAGGCCGUCGUAGUGGAGGUGUGUGCCAGAAGUGUCGCCACCACACAGCUGGACGCCACUGCCAGUACUGCCAGAACGGAUACACCCGCGACCACAGCAAGCCGUUGAACCACCGCAAGGCCUGCCAACCAUGUCAGUGCCAUCCUUUAGGAGCGGUGGGUCGCUGGUGUAACCAGACGUCAGGUCAGUGUCUGUGUCGGGAAGGGGUGACCGGCCUCAGGUGUAACCGCUGCGCUCCGGGAUACAAACAAGGAAAGUCCCCGCUGCGACCCUGCAUACGAAUUCAAGAGGUUGCUCCGACCCCCGUAUACCAACCUCAGUACAGCAUAGCGGAGGAGUGUGUUUCCUACUGCCAGCCCUCUCAGGUUAAAGUCAGGAUGAACUUGGAGACGUAUUGUCUGAAGGAUUUUGUGCUGAAGGUGCAAGUGAGAGGGAUGGAGCGUUCAGGUCCCUGGUGGCAGUUCUCCAUCUCCGUCCAAACAGUCUUCCGCACAGGGUCCACCUCUCGUGUUCGCAGGGGCACCCAGUCCCUCUGGGUCCCUGACCGUGACCUAAGCUGCGGCUGCCCUGCCCUCCAUGUGGGCCGGACCUUCCUCCUGAUCGGUGCAGAGGAGGGGGAGCGGGGUUGGGGACCUGAGGAGAGUCGACUGGUGGCAGACCGCUCCACCCUGGCCCUCCAGUGGCGGGAACACUGGAGCCCCAAACUGAGGGGUUUCCGGGGACAGGACAAAAGGGGCCGCUGUCCGCCCAAAUCCAACAACCAGCACCAUCACAGGGAGCACACAAAGCCCCAGACUGGGUACAUCCCCCCACACCUGCUGACUGAGACACACACAAAGUCUCACAGUGGGGAAAUACACUCUGUGGAAGUGGACGUCACUCACAGCUCACAACAUACACACUCUUACACAGACAGAGAGGUGAACACACUCACGACAACCUUGCCAGCACUGGUGUGCUCCACUCAAAGUCCAGGAUGAAGAACAGUAAAAACACAAAGAGACAAAAAGAGACUUUUAUCCUCCACUUUCCAGACAGUCCAAGUCACUCCAAGGAGAGGACAGCUUUCUUUUUUACAUGUUUGUCCUGAAUACAUCAGGAUAAACCAAAACUUUACAACAGAGAAACUCCUCAAAAUACAGACACAAACACACACAUCUAAAAAUGUGAAGAAAAACAGUUUUUUGUUUUUAGAUGUUAGAGCUAAAAAAUGACUUACGAUGAUAAUAUUCAAGAAUUCCACCAACAGAACUGGUGCAAUUUGUUAUGUUUCAGUAUUUUCUACUUAAAAGGCUUUUGACAAUAAAAGUCUGACUGGAAUGCCAUGCUGUAUUUUUUGUCCUAUAUAUAUUUAUAAUUUUUGUUAUAAAAAAUGUUUGGAUCACAUUUAUUUUGGAACACUUGGUAAAGACAUACAGGCAUAGCAUACACAAAGAAGUGGAAUUAAAAAAGUUUAAUUAGAUUAAAUAAGAUGCAGAAUGUGCAGAUUAACCAAAAUCAUAACUUAAAAAAUGUAACAUAAGCUUAUAAGGACUAUGAUGUUUUGAAUAAAAUAAAAACAAAAUGAUGAGCAUUGUUAUUUAUAUAUUUUUAUGAGUCUGUUUAGGUUUUGCUUGAGAUGAUCACCCUAUCGUAGCUUACUACAGUAUAUUGCUUACUAAGUAUUCGCUCACCUGCCUUGACUUGCAUAUGAACUUAAGUGACACCCCAUUCUUAAUCCAUAGAGUUUAAUAUGACGU